AUUAAUGCAAUCAUCAAAAGCGGUUACACGUGACAAAACACAAUCAAAUUUCUAACCUUUGACCUUAAGGUGUAGUUGAUUUCUGAUAAACCACCUGCAAAAGCUUUCUAUCAGUAUAAAAACCCUUGAAUCGGCCCCUUGGGAAACACUUGUAGAUCUUAUCUUUUCCUUUACCCCAAUCAAAAUCAUUGUGAAGCGAUUCGUAAAAGUCGAGAAAUGGAUGGGAACAACUACAAUUCCUGGGCUGAUCAAUGGGACGAUGGUCCUGAUCCUGUGACGGUUGGUUCCGGCAAUAAAAACAGCAGCAACAACAGCACCAAAUACAAGCAAAAGCUCGGAGAGGGUUUUGGCAAGACCAAAGCAGUGGCCUCCACCGGUGUGAAGAAGUUGAAGGAUGGUACUUCCGUUGGCCUUCAAUGGAUCAAGACCAAGUAUUCCAAAGCCACGCACAAACAUUAAUUUCAAUACUCUCUCUUCUUCUGCAUUUCUAGAUUCAUUUUUUCUUUCUCUUUAAUGCUUUCUGUGUCUUCAAUUUCAUCCUUCGUGUAUUCGUUUAUUCUUCGUAGUUUGUAGUUAAGUAUGAUCCAUGUACAUAUGUUUCUGUAUCAGUUUCCAUGCUUGUUAAUUAUGCUAAUGAUAUGUGUUAGUCUAUCUGUACUUUAUACCUGGCAGUUUAUGGGAAAGAAUAGUUUAUUUAUUAUAA